CACAGAGGGUAGGGUGUCACUGAGGCGUUCGAAGACUUUUACAUUUACAUUUUUCAUUUCAUUAUUGUGAAACCUUCUGAAUUGUGUAGGAAACAUGAAGCUGCAGCUGUCUGUCGCAGUGAUCGCUGUUCUGUGCGCUUGUGCAUUCGCUAAGACAUCUCCCCCAAAGAUCCAGGUUUACAGCCGUAACCCUGGCGAGUAUGGGAAGGAGAACACGCUGAUCUGCCAUGUGAGUGGCUUCCACCCUCCAGACAUCGAAAUCAAUCUGGUGAAGAAUGGCGCGGUGAUUCCCAAUGCCAAGCAGACUGACCUGGCAUUUGAGCAGGGCUGGCAGUUCCAUUUGACCAAGAGCGUCAGCUUUACUCCCAACAAAGGCGAUAACUACCUCUGCAAAGUGCGACACAUGCAAGACACCAAGGAUGUCAGCUGGGAGCCAGACAUGUAAAUGUGCUGGGCUUCAUUCCAGAGCUGCAUUUUGCCUGCACUUUGACUUCCAGAGAUGAUACCACCUUCUAAACAUAAUACAUCUUUUGCAGUACAUUGAACUACUAUAUAUGAUCCACUCAAAUCCACUCUUUGUUUGAUAAUGCUUUUUCUGGGUUAGAUUGAUGUAUGAGCUGUGCUCCUUCAUACACUUUGAUUGAACAAUUUUUCGUAACCUGUGGUGGGUAUCAACUCAAAUGCCUUCUAUAUAUGUAUAGUUUUCUAGGGGCCUGUUUUUCUGUGUUUCAUCAGUGUACAAAUGGCUUAAAUUUUUCUUUACCUUUUUUACCAUUUCUUGGUAAGUGUAACUGAUGCUCUUAUAAACAAUUUGUAAUUGUAAAAGUGUGUUCACAGUAGGUGAUCUUUUAGGCAGUUUUUAAAAAGUGGUUCCACCCUACAACAAUGCCAAUUAUGCAUGCAAUUAAAUAAACAUGAACAACAUUGAUUAGAAGGCAACCAUUUUAAAAAAUGUCUAAUGUCACUCAUUAAAGAUCUAUAAUGAUGUAUAAUGAUAUACAUCAUUAUACAUCAUUAUAGAUCAAAACGAUCAAUAUGGAGGGUAGAAUGCUGAUAGAAAAUACAAAUGCAUGAAAUGUUUUUUAAAGCACUCUUCUAGUUUUGCUUUAAAAGCUAAUUGAUUUUUUCUUUUUAAUAAUUAUGAAAAAGAUUAGCUAGUGGUAAUGCCUAGUGUGAACAUUCUUGGAAAGCUAUUAAAUAUUGAAGAUGUGUAAUUCUCUUAAAAUGAAAGUUUUGACAAUCUAAUUGUCUAAUUGGUAUUAAGAUAUUAAUAAUAAAGUUUUGUCCCCAAAA